AUGAGGUCUGAGUUUAAAGGGCAAACGUUUCGUUUAUUGCUUAAUUUUUCAACUACUACACUGGACCACCUGUUGGUGUUAAGUUCACAUCUGGAUCUAGCUGUUCUCAAUGCCUUUAGUGGAAAUUGUGGCACUAGAAAGAACUCAUGCACAUCUAGUCAAAUAAUGAGCAAUCAAUGGCACUGGCGGAAAAGAGGUUGCUGA